AUGUGCCACUUUCAGGUCUCCUCACACUGCUGGUGUGUUGAAUUUUUUGACAUAGGGUGCUGGCAGAUUACGGGCCUCCCAUAGCUGCUGCCAGGCCCCUAAUCUGCCAUGGGCCCCUAUAUACCGCCUCCUCAUGCUGCUGCCAAGUCCAGAGUCUCUCAUGGGUCCCUGUACGGCCUCCCAUUGCUGCUGUCUCCAUCGCCACACUCUGCCAUGUGCCACUUUCAGGUCUCCUCACACUCCUGCUGGUUUCCAUUUUGUCAUAGGUUGCUGUAUUGGCCUCCCAUUGCUGCUGCCUCCACCGCCACACUGUGGCUCCAAACACUGGUUUUGGCCCCGUGACUGGCCAAAUGAGUGAAGUGUGCGGUGAUUCUAAGAUCGACGGCACUCAUCUGCAUGUCAUACUG